AUGACGGCUUCAAGAUUGAUGAAAAAGACAAAUGAUAAGAGAAGACGCACAUUCAAUAAUAGGUCCUCUCCUACAGCCACCAUAAAAUCACUUCCAAAAGAUAUGUUGGUAGAAGUGGUUGCAAGGGUAGCGUCUCAUUCUAUCACUGACCUUCACAACAUGAAAAUGUGUUGCGCAGAUUUUCUUGAUGCUGCGGAUGAUAAUCAUGUUUGGCGACAUGUUUCUUUGGACAAGUUACCGUUAAUCCAGUGGUUUCCCAACGACAAAGCAUUGUCCUUCUUGAAACGCUGUAGGGAAAGUGGAAACACAGAGAGCUUGUAUAGAGAAGGAUUGCAAGAAUACUUUAGUUAUCCAAAGGGAAAUAUUCGUGGUCUUGAGAGUUUGAAGAUGGCUGCAGAAAAGGGUCACACGGAUGCAAAAUAUAUGUACGGUAUGAUUUUAUUGUGUUCUGAAGAUAAUGAGUUGAGAACACAAGGACUUGAACAUAUGCGUUUUUUGAGAAAGAGCAAAUGCAUUAUAAGAUGCAGAAAAAAUGUGGUACAAACAGCAAAAUUUAGGUGGAAAAAUAAUGGGACGCUGGCAUGCAAACCGACCCCUCUAUGCCAUGACAAGAACACAUGCAAGGGGUGGAGUGUGAAGAAAGGUCAAUGGCUAUUACUAAACGAUGAUGAUGAUGAUAUUGAGUUGUGUGAAUAUUGUAGAUGGGAUCAUGAGAUAGAGUUUUUUCUAUCAGUUAUUUAG